AUGGAUGAACGUAAGAAAUCGGAGGGGGAUGUGCAUGCUGGUCGUUACAAGCCGCCAUUCUCAUCUGCAUCGUUCCAGGGUUUAGCUUCAAGAGUUGUUGACAUUGAGGGCAAAACCCUAAUGCCGCGGCGGGGGUUUUUUCCUUCUACUAAUCAUGAGCAGGGUAAGUUUAAUGUGAUUGAUGAGUUAACUAAAAUUACUGUUCCAGUUUCUGAGGGAUCUGUUCAGCAUGAGCAAAAAUCUGAUGAUGUGCCGAGUCAAAACAAGGUUGAUGAUGUGACUAAACCUGUUUCAUAUGCUGAAUCGGUGAUUAAUGCUAAUAAUCGGAAGAUAAAUUUUAGAUCGCUUGCUAGUUCUGAUCGACGUGACGAUUGUGAUGUGGUUCUACCGAAAGAUUCUGUUCGGGUUGUCACGGACAAACUUGCUAAUACGUUGUAUGGGUAUUUCCUGGGAGAUCGGAUCGCUUAUCCGGUGGUUGAUUACUUCGUGAAGAAUAACUGGAAAAAGUAUGGGCUGCAAAAAUCCAUGAUGAACGCUAACGGUUUUUUCUUUUUCAAGUUUGCUGAUCGGUCGGGUAUGAUGUCCGUUCUUGAGGAGGGUCCAUGGAUUAUUAGGUCUCAACCUUUGUUUUUAUGUGAAUGGAAUCCGAGUACUAAGCUGGUUAAGUCAGAGGUGAAGAAAGUCCAGUUAUGGGUUAAAAUUCAUGAUGUCCCUCUAGCCGCUUAUACAGAGGAUGGCCUUAGCUUGAUUGCCACAGCAAUUGGUGAACCAAAGUUGCUUGACUCAUAUACCACUUCGAUGUGCUUGGAUUCUUGGGGUCGGAGCAGUUAUGCAAGGGCCUUGAUUGAAGUGUCGGCUGAUAAAAAUCUCAAAGAGGAAAUCACAAUGGCUGUCCCGGACCUUCAAGGUGAAGGGUAUGUUAAGGAGACCAUGUACGUAGAAUAUGAAUGGAGCCCUCAUAGGUGUUCUCUAUGUUGUGUUUUUGGCCAUGCAGAUGAUCAUUGCCCAAAACAACCAAGAAUGAUGGUUAAACAAAACUAUGGGGAUAAGCAAAACAAACCGUUUGAUGCUGGUAAACGUUAUGACAAAAGGCCGGUUGUUGAUGAGGAAGGAUAUACGGGUGUUCAAUCGAAGAAAGCGGCUCGGAAGGCUGGCUUUCCAGUCAACAAGCCAAAAACGAAAUUCGAAUAUAGGCCGGUGGGCCCAAAACCGAAGGAAGCUAGUAAUAAAUCGGAGCCGUCUAAUUCAGUAUUCUCUCAAAACCCGUUUUCUGUGCUAAAUAAUGUUGAUAACUUGGAAGUUGGGGAAUCUAGUAAAGGUAGAGGUGGUGAACAGCAAUUGUCGGAUGAUGAGGAAGUUAUUGAAGUUUACAACGAAACGGAUGAAUUUAUCAUGGAAGGUACUAAUAACCCGCAUAAAAAACAAGGGGCAAGCACUCCUUCUCAAGGGGUUUCCAAUGUUCUUGAGUCGCAUGUGGAUGUGGAUAGUCUUAGGAAGGUUUGUAAUUCAGUUUUCUGUCGAUGGGAAUGGACUUCGAAUGGAGGUAUUUGUGAUAAGGGUACGCGUAUUAUCAUAGGGUGGAACCCGGAUAUUUUCGAUAUAAUGGUUUUGGCUCGAACCCCUCAGGUGAUGCAUCUCCAAUUAUUUCUUAAAGAGGAUAAAAAGUGGUUCUUUUGCUCGGUGGUGUAUGCAGCUAACUACUACAUAACCCGUCGAGAAUUAUGGUCCCAUUUGUCUAUGCACAAACAGAUGGUUGGUGACAAAUCUUGGAUUAUUAUGGGUGAUUUCAACUCGGCUUUGCAUCUAGAGGAUAAAUCGUUGGGGGCGUCUUCUAUCUCAACUGGUAUGCGUGAUUUCCAAGCGUGUGUGUCGGAGAUUGAAGUUAUGGAUAUUAAUCAGUCAGGUUUUCAUUACACAUGGAAUCAAAAGCCGAAGAGGGGUGUGGGUCUUCUCAAGAAACUGGAUCGUGUGAUGGGUAAUACGUCGUUUAUUACUAAUUUCCCUAAUGCUAUGGUUGUGUUUUACCCUUACAGGUUGUCGGAUCAUUCGCCAUGUGUUCUCACGAUUAAUAAAGCUGCCUCCAACAAACGUCAGCCUUUUAAAUUCGCGAACUUCUUGGUUCACAAACCUGAAUUUCUUAAAAUUGUAAAGGAUGGUUGGGAGAUGAAUGUAAAUGGGGUUCACCAGUUUCGAGUUGUGAAAAAACUCAAGUGCUUAAAGAGUCCUUUGCGUGCCUUACUAUUUAAUCAGGGUAAUCUUCAUAAAAAGGUGGCUGACUUAAGGGAUAGUCUUGAUGAUAUUCCGGCUAAAAUUGACAAGGACCCGAUGAAUGCCGAUUUCCGUACCCUAGAGACAAAACUAAAUGCUGAAUUACAGGUUGCCUCUCUUGAUGAGGAAAGAUUCUUGAAACAAAAGUCUAAGAUGGAGUGGUUGAGAGCAGGUGAUUCAAACACUGCUUUUUUUCAUGCUGCCGUGAAAAGUAGGAACCAUCGAAGCAGAAAUCAAAUGGUUACGGACGUGAAUGGAGAGGUGUAUGAAGGUGAUUCGGUUCAGCUUGCUUUUGUUAAACAUUAUGAAGUAUUUUUGGGGAGCCAAGAUGAGCUUUCUAUGAAUCCUACUCCUGAUUUAUUCACUAAGUGUGUGAACCCCUCUGAUGCUGAACAUAUGAUUCGGCCUGUUACUGUCGAAGAGGUGAAGAAAGCUAUGUUCUCUAUUGGUAAUGACAAGGCCCCAGGCCCGGAUGGAUUCACGGCUGCGUUUUUUAAAGUUGCAUGGCCGAUUGUUGGGAAUGAUGUUUCCUUGGCAGUUGUUGAUUUCUUUAACACAGGUAAAUUACUUGGCCAGCUUAACCACACUCUUAUUGCUCUUGUACCGAAGAAGCUCUCUCCGCUCACAGUUACAGAUUAUCGGCCAAUAGCCUGUUGUAAUGUCUUGUUCAAGUGUGUGAGUAAGAUUAUUGUGGAUAGAAUAAAGGAUGUGCUUCAUCAAGUUGUUAGUAUAAAUCAGUCUGCAUUUGUUCCUGGUAGGAAAAUUACAGACAACAUCCUUCUUACUCAAGAACUAAUGCAUAACUAUCAUCGUAAUUCAGGCCCCCCUCGGUGUGCUUUUAAAGUGGACAUUCAGAAAGCUUAUGAUACGGUUGAUUGGUGUUUCCUGAAAAAUGUUUUGCUUGGUUUUGGUUUUAAAUCAAGGAUGGUGGAAUGGAUCAUGAUGUGUGUUUCGACCACUACCUUCUCAUUAUGUGUUAAUGGGAAUGUUUAUGGUUAUUUCAAGGGUAAGCGUGGUCUUCGGCAGGGUGACCCUCUUUCUCCUUAUCUUUUCACGCUUGUUAUGGAGAUUCUGACAUGCAUUCUUCAGCGGGCCACUAGACUUGAUAACUCUUUCAAGUUCCAUAAUAAAUGUGAGAAGCAGCGUAUUAUUAACUUGUGCUUUGCUGAUGACUUGUUCUUAUUUGCUAGAGGGGACAUUAAUUCGGUUCAAUGUAUCAUGAAUUCUCUCUCUAAUUUUACGAACAUGUCUGGUUUAGUGCCUAGCAUUCAAAAAAGCACGGGGUUCUUUUGCAAUGUGCCUGAUCACGUCAAAAAUCAUAUAUUGAGCUUCCUGCCUUUUGUUGAAGGUACGUUACCGGUUAAGUAUUUGGGAGUCCCCCUCAUAUCGUCAGGUCUUGUGUACAAAGAUUGUAGUGUUCUUGUUGAAAGAUUGGACCAACGGAUCUCUAAUUGGAAGAAUAAGCUUCUUUCCUUUGCGGGCAGGUUACAACUUAUUAAUUCUGUUCUUUCUUCCAUGCAUAUCUACUGGUCUUCGGUGUUUAUUCUUCCUGUUCGUAUCACACUUGAGCUGGAAGCUAGAAUGCGAAACUUUCUUUGGUCGUCUGAUGGUUCAUUCCAUAAGGGUAAAGCUAAAGUAUCUUGGAAUGCUAUCUGUGUUCCUAAGUGUGAAGGGGGGCUAGGUAUUCGCAGGAUUGGAGAUGUUAAUAAAGCUCUCAUAACUUCUCACAUCUGGAGUAUCUUAGUGAAACGUGAUUCUCUAUGGGUGGCGUGGAUUCAUUCGUACCGGCUUAAAGGUAAUAGUUUUUGGAAUUGUAAGUUGGUGGCGAAUAGUUGUUGGAGUUGGCGGAAAAUUUUACAACUGAGACCGUAUGUUAGACAGUAUGUUUGGUCCAAUCUCGGUAAUGAUAGAUGCACAUCAGCCUGGUUCGAUAUAUGGAGUCAGUUGGGGCCGCUGAGUAAUUUUUUGACUCCUAGAACUAUAUCAAAUGCAUGUUUUUCUCUUAACAAUUCGAUUCAGGAGGUUUAUGUCAAUGGGACUUGGGGAUGGCCAGUGGCGUGGAGGGACAUGUUUCCAGUCUUAAUACAACUGGAUAGUAUUCAUUUGAUGCCUAAUACUCCGGAUCGUCUAAUGUGGAAAGAUGGUAAUGAUUUAGUUGAGCAUUCUUCAUCCCAGGUUUGGCAUUCGAUUAGGCGUCGAGCUGAAGAGGUGGAUUGGGUUAAACUUGUUUGGUUCCCUCAGUGCAUUCCUAAGCAUGCUUUUCUUAUGUGGCUUGUCAUUCGUCGUAAACUUUUGACGCAAGACAAGAUUCUCCAAUGGGAUUUCACGAGAAGAAAGAAUAUGAAUAUGAUGUGCUGUCUCUUGUGCUAUGCUAAUGUUGAUGCUCACGACCAUCUGUUUUUUGAUUGCAAUUAUGCUACUCAAGUUUGGAUCAAGAUUCGUGAUAAAGGAGGGAUGAGCUCGGUGGGUCCGGCAUGGAACGCUAUUAUUGACUGGUUGGGGGCUAGGGCUAAUUCUAAGUCAGCAAUUAACUUUAUUAGCAGGCUCAUAGUUGCUGCUGCUGUUUAUUUCGUGUGGCAGGAGCGGAAUGCUAGGCUAUUCAGAAACCAGACAAGACCUCCAGAUGCUUUGGCUAAUUUAAUUUUGCAAACUGUUCGAUAUAAACUAAUUGGAGUCAAGUUUAAGGAGUGCAACAGGGUGCGAAGACUAUUGGAAGCUUGGGAAAUCUACAACAACUUGGACGAUAAAGGCGGCUGA